UGGUUGUUGUGUAACAACGGGGUUAGUAAAAUAUGAAUGUCUAGAUUUGCUUAUUUGAAAUCGUUUUUCGAAAACCUGUAUCAGAUCCGAAAGGAAAUAAAUAGGAAAAUAACGUAUUUCAGUGAUAAAAUUUACAUACUUUGCAUUUGGCAUAUCCCCACAUGAAGGAUGUUGAAAUAUUGUUACAUUUUGGUUGAUCUGUAGUGUCCUACUGGAAUUACUAAUAGCGAUAACAGCAUUAAAAGUAUAAAACAAAAGAACAGAACUAUUCGUUCUCUAAAUAUAAUGCAUUAGAAAAAUAAUUGAUUUAAUGUAAUCAAUUUCUUUCAUUUUGUGAUGAAACAGAUGACGCAUGCAUAAAAAGAGUGUAGAUAUUUCAUUACUUCAAAGAACAUUCUGUUUGCUCUUAUUCAUUAUUAAAGGAAAGCAGUGUGUAUUAUUUAUUUUAAGCUUAUAUCAGCAAGUUAUUCAAAUCGAUGUUUUAUAAUCCUGAGAUUUACAUGAGUGAGGAAAUUUAUGAAUUUCUUUUGUAACAAUUUGCUUUGAUAAUAAGAAACGAAUGAGUUGCAUGUGUGUGUAUUAUAUUAUUUGAUAAACGGUAAGCUAAUUAAGUACAAUAGAAUUUUCAAAAAAGUAUACAUGAUGUGUAUUCUAUAAAAAUUCAUAUGUAAUAAGAAUCCUAUUUUUUGUAUAUUUAUAUUCAGUUUAAAAAAACAUGGAAACCAAUACAGAUGAGAGACCAUAUGAAUGUAACGUAUGCAGCAAGUCCUAUGCAGACAGAAGUACAUUAAAGAAGCACUUGUUUAUUCACACAGGUGAGAAACCAUUUAAAUGUGAAGUGUGCAGCAAGCCAUUUCGGAAUAGAAGUGCUUUAAAGAAACAUGCAUUUAAUCAUACUGGUGAGAAACCCCAUAAGUGUGAUUUGUGUGGCAAAUCAUUUGCGUGGAAAAACCACUUGGAUACUCACAUGCUGUUCCACACAGGAGAGAAACCUUAUAAGUGCGAAAUGUGCAGCAAGUCAUUUGCAGUGAAAAGUGAUUUAAGCACACACGUGCUUAGGCAUACUGGUCAGAAACCAUAUGCAUGUGUAAUAUGCAAUAGGCCAUUUGCUCGGAAAACUCACUUAAAAGCACACAUGCUUAUUCACACUGGGGAGAAACCACAUGCAUGUGAUGUGUGUAGCAAGUCAUUUGCAAACAAAUAUUAUUUAAAGAGACAUAUGUUUAUUCACACUCAUGAGAAGAUGCAUAUAUGUGAUAUAUGCAACAAAUCAUUUGCACUAGAAUGCCUAUUAAAAGCACACAAGCUUAUUCACACAAAUGUGAAAACUCAUAAAUGUGACACGUGUAAUAAGUCCUUUUUACGGAAAAAUCAUUUAGUGCGGCAUAUGCUCAUCCACAGUGGCGAGAAGCCAUUUGAAUGCGAUAUUUGUAAUAAGUCUUUUGCUAAUAAAAGUCAUUUGUUAAGGCACAAGAUGAUCCAUUCCGGUGAAAAACCAUAUCAAUGCGAUGCAUGUAGUAAGUCUUUUGCUCGCAAAAGUUAUUUAAUAGAUCAUAAACUUAUCCAUUCCGGUGAAAAGCCACUGCAGUGUAAUGUGUGUAGUAAGUCAUUUUCGUGCAAGAGUCAUUUGACUACGCAUAUGCGUAUUCAUACUGGAGAGAAACCAUAUAAAUGUGAUGUGUGUAGUAAAUCAUUUGUACAGAAAAUUCAGCUGAAAAGACAUAGUCAUGUUCAUACUGAUGGCAAACUAUUGCUUAAUGCUGAGCACAGUACCACUGGGUAACGGAGUGUUUAAUUUUGUAUGACUAAAUAAUUAACUAAAUGGCACAAUAUUCUAAAUGUUAUCAGUUCUGAAAUAUUUUUCUGAAAAUGGAAAAUUAGUUUUUAUUAAGUAAAACACAAAGAAAUGCAGUAAAGUAAAAAAAAAAAAAAAAUAGGUAUUGAUAUGUUAUAAGAACCAGACUCAGAAAUGUAUGUAUGUACAUAUGUGCUUAUGCACAUGCAUACAUAAACACAUACAUAUCUAUACUUCUAAAUCCAGUCCUGAUAACAGAAAAAGUACACAUAAUUUUGUGCUUCGUAAUUAUCUGCACUUCCCUUCCAAGAGGUUGCUGCCUCAUAGGCAAAUCAUGUUUUUCUGAAUAAAACACAGAGACAUUUUCAAAAUGACAAUGGAUUAAGAUUUUCAUAAAAUAGAAAUCAUUGAACAAAAUUAUAAGUGCAGAAAACAUUCAUGACAAAAACUUAUUUUCUCAAGAAAUCCUUAUAUAUUUCUCUUUCUUUUUUUUUUUAAGGGGGGGUCACUAUUUUCCUCAUAAAAAUAAUAAUCUGUUUUCAUUUAAAAGAAAUCAUAAAACUGCAAAACGCACAUAAACUUGCCAGUGUGUAAUGACCAUUAUCAUGAUUGUCCAAGAGCAGCUGAUAUACUAGUUUCGAGUUUCACUCUUACCAUAGCGAAUAAUUCCAAUUCUUCACAGAGCUUCACUGUUGUAUCUUCACUUAUGUCCAACAAUAAAUGAAAGGAAAGGUUGUUGUAUACAAGAUAUAGCUUCCAAUUUUUGACUCGCAUUCUGGCACUUUGAUUGCAAUAUUUCAUACUGCAUGUUCAUAAAUCGAUUAUUUAAAAACAGCCUCGUGGAAUGCGGAUUUUUGCAUUCAUUCAUUAUUUGACAAAUUGCUGUAUUUCUAAAGAAAUGUAAUGCUUUCUCUUUAAUCAGCCAGCAGAUUCCUGUGUUACAUUAUGACUCUUUUGAAGAGAAAAAAGAACACCUAAUGAAAAACAAACGCCUAUCACAAAAAUGAGAAUUGAGUAUGGGAAAUCCAUGUGUACUGAAAUGCUCAUGUGGUGCAUGUAUAUGCAUGCGUAGAUUUCCGCAUAAGUAUAUUUUGGCUAUAUGAUGGAUCUCCUAUUUUGCCGGCAUUGUGAAUACUUUUUGUAUCCCCAAAAAUUUAUUCAGAAAUAAUCAAAAUUUUGAGUUUAGACAAAGCAUUAGGACAUAUUUGUUGUUUCUGAGAUUUAAUUGCAUGGAAAUACGUUUUUUAAGCAACAAACUUUUUUUUUUACAUUUAGUAAUUUUAUUCUCUAAUAAUAUGUCUGUAGUAAAAUUUAUGUUUAUCUUUUGGAAAUAUAAAAAGUUUAUUUUACCUAAAGUGCUCAAGUAAAAUAUAGACCAUGGUUUCAUUAAUGUAAAUAAAAUGCUAUUUAAAAUGAUUUAUGCAUUUUUGUUAGUGUCAGAUAUUUAUCUGCUUUCUUCACAUUUAAAAUUAAAAAUGUCGAUAUUUAUUAUUAUUAAAUAUAUUUCAUUUCAUUGUGUAUUUUUAACCAUUUUACUUGAUUUUCUUCUAAAGAUCAUAUUGCACAUUAAACAUUUCGGAGCUUUUUAGCAUAGUUUUUCUGCUUUGUCACAUGUUUUAAAACAACCAGUCAGUAUAGAUCACUUCGAGGGCACCAUGUGAAGGGCAAAGUAAAUGGUUGAUGAUGGGAGAUUUAGGCUUAUUUAUUAAAAAUGGAGAACUUACAAUUUUCUUUUUAAAAGAAGGGAAAAACUGCGCAUCUUGCUUCCCCUGGUAAAACAGGCAGAAAAAUUGUUUGGAACAGUUGUUCAUCUGAAACAAAUGGAUGUGUGAUAGAAGCCUAAAUCUCCUGUAGUUUGAAUUUUAGAGUUAAUACCUGUGGUCUCUAUUGUAUUUCUAUUAAUUUAUUUAAACUCAAAAGUGAUUUAACCCUCCAAGCAUUAUUAUUAUUAUUAUUAUUAUUUUUUUUUUUUUCCUGAAAUUUCAUAGUCCCCUAAAAUGUCACAAGUUGUAUUUUCUUGAUUAUAAUUCCAAAAGCACCAUUUUGUACAUGGGCUUAUUUUUUCCCAUUAUACAUCCAACCCGAAACUGGAUUUAUCAGGAACAUGAAGAAAUUUGCAUGUGUAACAAAUGAGAAAGCCAUUCUUCAAUAUGGAAUUUCAUGUCCAUAACACUUGGAGAGUAAACACAUAGAUACUUAUAAAAUUAAGUGAAAUUCAUCCUUUACUGAAGUUAUAAAAUGAUGCAUUUGACUAGCUCUCAUUUAUCUCUGAUAUUACAUUAUCUUUGAAAUCUUCAACUCGUAAGUAGUUUAUGAACUGUUCUUAGGUGAUGUGAUAAUAAUUUUCCCUGAUAUUCUAUUAAGUAGGUCGAUGUGUACAUGGAGCACAGGGCCAGUUUGCUGUGCAAUGCCGAGAAUUCUGCAACUCUGUGAUACUUUUUUAAAGUUAAAACAGAUCACUGUGCACAUGGACAAAAGACUGAGAAAAUAGAAAGUGUUUUAAUUACGGGUGUUUGUUUGAUUUUUAGUUUGUUUGAUUUGUUACUGUUUUAUGAAAUUAUGAGUAUUUUGUUAUGGAUGUUUGUUUUGUGUAAUUUUUACUGUUACAUUGUAUAUGUGUCUUGCAUUUUAAAUUGAUUUAAUUUGUUACCUUUUUAUGUAACUUUUGGCUCACCACUAUUUAUUAAAAUGGCUACUGGGUAAAAGUAUAUUUAUGGGUACCCCUUGGCGAAAAUUGGUGGUACAUGGAUACUGAGUUUGUGCAGUUCUUUACUUUGGCUUAGUGUAAUGGCGAUUUUAACGCCAAAAAUUGCUGCUACACAAAGACAAAAUAACAAGUCAAAGAAUUGCACAAACUCGAUAUCCAUGUACAUAUUGACCUAUUUUCACUUGAAAAAAAUUACAGAAUUGCACAAACUUAGCAUUGCUCACUCCCUUGAC